CUCAGUACGGAAGAGAAGGACAGUAACGUUUGUCACACAGAGUUUGUUGUUUUAUUUGAGCGAAACGCUCGUCAGAUGUCAUGAUGUUGGACGUCCUGCUGCUCUUUUCCAGCAUCUGUACAGCUGUUGUUGGUGGUCGAGCUCCACAGACAAUUACUGGAUUCAGAGGAGAGAGAGUUGACAUCAGAUGUUCAUAUAAAUCUGGAUAUGAAUCAAAUUCAAAGUAUUUUUGUAAAGGGGAGUGUUCAUUGUUCAAUAAAAUCAUCAUGGUUGAAUCAGGAUCUCGAGGUAAAGACAAGAGAUUCUCUCUGACUGACGACACGACGGCCAGAGUUUUCACCGUCACCAUCACUGAUCUGAGAACAGAGGAUCAAGGCCAAUACUGGUGUGGUGUGGAGGGGUUUAUUUUUGAUGACUAUUCAAAGAUUGCGCUGCUGGUUAAAGAUGGUAAUAACACCACUGGGGUUUCAACCAUCAGCCCUUCUUCAAAAACACCGUCAUCUUCCAGUACAACACAACCGAGUCCACACUCAGAAAAUGACACAAGAACAACAACAGAAAAUACAGUUCAACUCCAUCAGCCUAACACCAAUCUGGCUUCUGUUGCUGGCGGUCUGGGUUCGGUUCUGCUGGUUCUGACUCUGUGUUGUGUAACCUUCAUCAUCCUGAAGAAGAGGAAGAGGAAAUCUGGGACAGCUUUAUUUCAGCAAAACAUGCAGCGCAAAACAGAGACUGACCGCAUGUAUGAGGAGAUUCCAGACACAGUCACCGUGGUAACGUCUUCAUCCAAUCAGACGCCUGCAUCACACCGCAACAACUGUACAGAAGUCUCUACUGUUUACGCCACAGUAACCAAUCAGCAGCCUGAUUCAAACCCCGGUCACACCCGCUCGACCAAUCAGGUGACAGAUACAGCUGGUGAUUAUAAUUAUGCCAGUAUAAAGUUUCCUGAAGCAACACAGGACAGCGGGAUAGAAGUGAUCUACACAACAGCAACAAAUCCAAAAAACAUCUCAACAAUAUAUUCAGUGAUCAACCAUAAAUGACUCAAAAUAUGGUAAAAUCUACAUUGCUUUAAUUAUUAAAUGUGGACUUUGACGUGAGUGUCAUGCUAUAGUCUCAGCUGUUGUUUAUAAGUCUUGAAUACUGCAGUUUAUGAAGGUGUUACUGAUGUUUUUGCCGUCUCCAUGUACUUAUAUAGCAAGCGUGAAUGAAUGUGUGUAUAUAUAUAUUUAUAUAUGCGCUUAUAUUUUUGUAUACUUUUUGUAUAUGUAUAUUUAUGUCAGUUUGGAGUUAGUGUUGAUCACCUAAAAAAACUACAACUCCCACCAUUGGACUACAACUGGUCCUACCUGUCUUCUGCAGGUGUUGUUUAUCACUGUUGAUUGUCCUGAUGUGUUUGAACAGUUAAAUGGAGUGUGACAUUUAGUUUUUAGACAUUUAGAUGGUCUUUUGACUGAAAGCUUGGCUAUUAAAUU